AUGGCAGCGGCUAGCGGAGAUUCAGCUGCUCUAGCAAAAGAGAUCAAAGCGCAGUUAAAGCAAGCACGAGAUUUGAUUACUCAAAAGGACCAUAGUGGAGCGUUGAAACUAUGUGAAACCAUCGUUAAAAAGGAUAAAACUUGUUACACUGCAUGGGUAAUGAUUGCUGCUUGUGCACAAGAAUUGAAACAAUUCAAUCAAGCUCAAUAUGCAUUAAAUAAAGCUAUCGAAGUCGAUGAAAAUCAACCACUAGCAUAUCAAGGUCUCAUACAAUUAGGUGACCGUUCACCAGGAUUUCUCAAUGAAAGUGAUAUUGCUAGUGCAUUUCGAAAAUUAUGUUCAUUAACUCAUUCUACUGAUGCAAACAAAUUCUUUGAUUAUGCAAAGAAAUACAUCGAAUAUUUGAAGAAACAAAUCGCCAUUCCAACGACAACUACCAAUGAACAAAACAAUCCACUUCGAACUCAAUUAGUUCAACUUUGUAAAGAUAUCACUGAAGAUAAACGUUUACAAAUAAGUCAAGAAGAUGAACGAAUCUAUCGAUUGUUAGCAAUUGAAACACUUUCAUCUGUUAAAACAAUUCCACCAAUUUUAAAUGAAUUCAUAAGUAGUAGUUACUUUUGGCUCUCACAGGGCAGUUCAGAUGAAGUACAGCGAUUAGAUUAUUACGAAAAAUAUAUUCGUUCUAUCUGUCAACUCGGUCGUUCAAGUUCAGACAUCGUCGAAUAUUGUAAUGAAUGUCUUACUUUGUUUCCUAAUUCCACAAUCGCUCAGAAUACAUUGAUUAUCAUCGUAUUAGAAGCAUUGUUACCACAAAUAUAUGAUCCGUUCGCACCGGUUGCUAAACUUACAGAUGCUCUGAAUCGUGUUCGGUCGGGCGAUCGAACAUCAGGUCCGUCGGUUUGUGGUAAAGCAUUCUUUUCGAUUCGAAACGAAAAGUACUCUGCAGCACUGGAAUCGUUGGUUGGCAUCGAAGAACAAGAAGAUUCGGAUCACUUGGUGUUUAUCUUGAAAAUGGUUUGUUAUGCGCAUUUGCAUUUAAUAAAAGAAACAACAGAAAUUACAACAAUUGUGCGAACAAAAUCAAGCAAGUUUAUAGUGAAAGAUUCAAUAUCAGCAGUAGAAUCUCUAGCAGAUCUAUGCUUAGCUAUGGUCACUUAUGAUCUUGGUCGAUAUGAAAAAUCGAUUCAACUCUUCGAAAAAGUUCGAAACACACCGAAUAAAUACCAUGAUCGAGCAUUUAUUGGUCAAUUCAAUGCUUAUAUCAGUCUUAACAAACCAUUGGAAGCAAGAACAUGCUAUGAAACAGUGAAAGAUCGUUUAAAUCCAAUCGAAGAAUUAUCUUGUCGUCUCCAACUGCAUCUGAUCGAAGAGCAUCCUGCCGAUCUUUUGAAAAUAGUUCAAGCUGCGUUACAAGAAGCAAAUAGCAACGAAGAAAUUUUUCAAUUAACUGUUCAAGGUUGGUUAACAGUUGGUCGCGCUUACUUAGCGAUUCAGCGUUCAAAUGAUAUAUUCGACAAAGGUCAAUGUAAAUACGCGUUAGAAAAAGCCAUUGAACUUGAUGAAUAUCUUUGGGAGAGUUAUGCUUGUCUGAGUCUAUAUUACAAGGAAAUUGAAGAAUCUUUACCAGAAGCUUUGGCAUACUCGAAACGUGCUUUUGAAUUGAAUGAAAACAUUGAAAGUGUGCAAAUCAAUUAUGUUGAUCAUCUUCUUCAAGCUGAACAAAUUGCUGAUGCACUGGAUGUAUUAGAACGAAUUCUCGCAAUCGAUAGUACUAAAACUUGGGCGCAGUUUCGUCUCGGACUUGUAUCACUUCGAUUGAAUAACAUCCAUAACGCAGUUAAAUCAUUACAGAUUGUUUCUCGACGUCCAAAUGCGUCUGGAGCAAGUUGGUCAGCAUUGGGUGAUGCGCAUUUUCAUACAAAUAAUUUAAAAACAGCAUUGAGUUGUUACAACAAAGCUCGCUCAUUAGAAUCGGAAACAUUGUAUUCAUUAACACGACAAGCAUGCGCUAUGACAUUACUUGGUCGUUAUAAUGAAGCAAUUACUUUAUUUGAUAAAGUAAUUGGUCAAUCACCAAAAUAUCUGCUGGCGAGAAAAGGCAAAGGUGAAGCUCAUUAUUAUCUUGCCAUUCAUUUGAUUGGGCGAUACAGAGAUCAAGCUGCUGUUCAACAAAUUCAACAGUCACUUACCGCUUUUAACGACGCUCUCUGUUUACAAUCAGGAUACGCUUGUUUAUGGAAAAAAUACGGAGAUGCAUGCAUGCUUCUUCAUUCAGUCAACGACGAUUUAAUUGAUAUACAAUUACCAUUAUUAUCGGAAAGAUUAGAUGGAAGUAAAAUAAAAGAUGUGAACAAUUGCGUUCAUUUGAAAAAGAUUGAUCUUCUUCAACGUGCACAAAAGUGUUAUAUGCAAGCUAUUCGCUUGAAAUCACGCUCUGCGGUAUAUUGGUCAGCACUCGCGCAGUGUGUCUACAUUCAAGCUCGUUAUCGUUCGAAUGAUCAACAGUUGUUUACAUUAGCAUUGGAGUAUAUGAAAGUGGCAGUUUCAUUGAAAUCCAAUGAUUAUUUGCUCUGGAAUGCACUCGGAGUGAUCGCGGCACAUCCAGUUAUCAAUGAAUCGGGCUUUGCUCAACAUUGCUUUUUCAAAUCACUUCAAUUACAACGAUCAGCGAUUGCCUAUGCGAAUCUUGGUUUCCUCUAUUACCGACAUGAAAAUCUUCAACUAGCAAACAAAGCAUUUUCAAAAGCUCAACAGACAGAUCCGAUGUACCCAUUGGCUUGGAUUGGACAAGCACUUUUCGCGGAAAAGAUUGAUCAUAAUGAAUCAAUUGAUCUUUACCGUCAUUGUGUUGACCUUUCUAAUCAUUGCCAAGGUUUAUAUGGCUAUGGAAAAGUCAUUGCUCAUCUUCUUGUGAAACCAACGAAUAAAUCGAGUGAAACCUAUCGAUAUGCAAUUGACUACUUACAUGGCAAUCAACGAGCAGCAGAUGCACUAAUAAAAUACAUUCAACGAAAUCCCAAGGAUGCAAACGCUUUGCAAUGUUUGGGCAUCCUCCAUGAAUUCAAUCGACGUUUUAUUCAAGCUGCUCAUGCUUAUCAACUUUCGUUUGUUAAUAUGAACCAACAAGAUCAAGCGUCGAAAACGAUUCGAAAUGACUAUGCCCGUGUUCGAUGUCGAGCUGAUGAUCCUCAAAUCGAGGCAUUUGUCUUAGAAGGUGUGAAGGUCACGUUGCUUGAUGUUCUAUGGGUAGCAAUCGCUUAUGGAAAGAAGAACAAAAGACCAGAUGCAAUUGAAAUUUUGAAACGGUUUAGUGAAGACCCAUCGACAAUAGAUCAAGAACGAUCGAUUUUAUUAACGUUUCUUGGACUUUAUCAACGAGAAAUUGAUCCACAAGCCGCUGUUCAACAUUUAUUCAAGAGUUAUAAAACAAAACCUGUUUGUCCAAGUGCGAUAACAUCGCUGUGCGCCAUUGGAAUGAAGAUAUCAGAUACUCGCAUAUCAUCUGCAGCUUUGAAAGAAAUGCCCAAGUUGACUGAUUCAAACUACACUAUGAACAUUCAUCUGUUAACAUGCCUAUCAAUGCUUUUCACAAACAAAAUUCGAGAAACAUAUAGUUAUACUAUGAAUGCAGUACAUAACUAUCCGUGGUUAACGUGGACUUGGGCAAUGGCGUUGGUUGCUCGCCUUCAAGUCGGUAAUCAAUCAGGUGUAUUGCAAAUGAUUGAAGGCAUCUGUCAAUCGAACUUUUCAGCAAUCGAUGAGAAAAUGACAAUUCUGCUAGCUAAAGCAUUGCAUCGUAUCUCAUCCGAAUACAACGAACGUAUUUUGCAUCUAUUUCAAAUGUUGAUUAUCCAUCGACCAAGUUUGCUUGAAUUGCGUGCAUCAUUCGCUGAAUACAUUAAAUCAUACGAUCAAUCAUUCGGACAAUCUAUCCUUUCAAAACCUAUUUGA